GGUCCUUCCUUCCCUUCAACAGCAGCCACCCCUUGCUGCUGCUGGCUGAUAACUAGCUGAUAACAAAUAAACUGAUGCAAAAAAAUGAUGCAAGAUGCAAUGCAUUAUGCAAUCACAUAGAUAUUGACAUUAUACUUAUAAUAAAAUACAUAUUCGUACAUUGUGGCCCGCUUGUGAUACUUGUGUGUCCUGUGUCCUGUGUCCUGUAAAUUAUUGCAUAGUUUGCCAGUAACAAGACAUCGAAUUUUUCGCUUUCGAAAUAUUAAGAAAGUUCCUGAAGAACCAUGAGUUCAGGAGACAAUUCAGAAGUACCGGUUGAUCACCAAAAACCCAAAAAUUUGGUGAGAAGUCAAUUUUACGAUGUCAUGGUCAAAGUGGAUGCCGACGUUUAUUGUUUGGAUCGAUUACAACUGGCCUGGAAAUCGGAAUUCUUUGAGAAAUUAUUCAACGAGCAGUCUGACCAAAAAGAAUGCAGUUUGAUAGAGCUACCGGUAAUGGAUACCAAAACCUUCUCUGCCAUCGUUGAUAUAAUAUACGGACAAUCGUUGACGUCUGUCUUGAACCACGACAAUUACGUUGCUUUGUUAAUGGCCAUGAAUCACUUGCAAAUGGAGAUCGAUAUGGAAACUUACGCAAGUUACAUUGAGAAAAACUCCGUCGUAGAUGUUAAACUAUUCAAAUUACUCAACUUCUUGCAGGAAAAUCCGAAUGUGCAGUACUUGUUACCGGCAGUUUUCAAAUCUCUAUCUGCUAAGUUGGUGAAAAUCCAACAUAAUGAAGAUUUCUUACGUUUACCGCUUGACGAUAUUAUCAGAAUAAUUACAAGUUAUAGCUGUGCCUUAAAAAAGAAGUAUGCGGAGAAGGAGAUAGAGAUGCAUAUGGCUACUAUGUCCGGGUCAUCCGGGUGUCCACAAUGGAUGAAGGAGAAGUUAAUAUAUUCGGAUAACGAUAUAGAUAUGCCUACCAUGAGUCAAAUUUGCUCACAAUGGAUCCAUCACGAUUUGCAAAGCAGACUUCCUCACUUCGCAAAGCUCGUUAAUGCUGUCAAACGAAGAAUUUGUCAUGUAAGCGAUAUAAAAGAUGACGAUUUCAACACUGUACUAACUGGUAUCGCUGAGGAAAUGAAUCCGGAAAUGACGAAGAAACUUUUCUACAAACUUGUCAUUUGCGAUGGAGAAAUAGAAUCAGCUCCUCAAGAAUCGCCGAAAGAUGAAAAAAAAGAAGUUCCGAUUGAUUCUAAAGAAAACAAACGAAAAAAGUUGAAAACAUUUCUAGAAAACCAUCGUUCCCAAAACUAUGAUUUCGACGAUAACGUUAUGACUGCUGUAGAAAAAGAAGUUCCGAUUGAUAAAGAAAACGAACGAAAAAAGUUGAAAACGCUUCUAGAAAACCAUCGUUUCCACGAUAUCGUUGUGACUACCGGAGAAAAAGCUUACAAGCUUCAUCGAUUCAAGCUGAAUUCAGCGUCCGGCUAUUUUGCUGAAAUUUUUUCCGCCAAGCAGUCCAACAUAGACGCUCAAUUCGCAGAAGCAUCAACUCUGCAACAGAUUAAAAGUAACGAGUAUUCACUUCUCGGUGUUGAUCAAGCGACAUGUGACAUGAUCGUCGAAUACAUCUAUUUCGAUGAAUUGCAAUUGACAUCUGAAACGAUAAUUCCGGUAUUCAAAGCUGCCACUACUUUGAAAAUGGAAAAAUUACUCGCUGAAUGUGUAUCGUGGAUGAUGACGAAUUCGAAAUUUCUCAGAGAAGCUGCUACAGCCGAUACGAUGCCUCUCUGUUUCAUUUCUUUCGAUAUAUUGGAGGAAUUACUUCUGUCAUGGCCUGAUCAUUGCUGCGAUGAUCCGCAUAGGAUUCUAGACAUGUGUUCGAAAUGGGUUUUCCACGAUGUGAAGAAUCGAUAUCACCUGAUACCGAAAAUCGCCCUUGCUAUUAAUGGCAAUCGCAUUAUGAAGUACCAUGAUUAUAAAAUAGAACUGCCUACAGAUUCGAACAACUGUUCGGAGAAAUCAAUUCGAAAUGAAUUAUGGAAAACAUUGAAUUUUACUUCGUUGAUUCCCUCUGCUGAAAAAAUGCCUCGGAACAAUGAAAAGAAGUUGGAAGAAAUGCCUGUGUUCAUCGCCUGGACCCGGGAAACGUCAACUAUUUACGUUUUGAACGCCAACAUGGAACAAAUUGCCAUGUUGCGCCUUUUACCUAGUUCAGAAAAGCCAAUAGGUUACAUUUGUGGUUUCUUUAAUAUAGCCGCGACUUUAGUGGAUGACAAUUUAUUCAUUAUGUUCUCUUCGGCUGAUUAUGCUCGUCCCGUGUUUAAUGUAUAUAAUUUAUCUUCGAAAAAGUUCAUCUCAUUGAAUCGUUGCAUAACAGGAUAUUGGUCCAAAUGCGUGCUGUUGAAUUGUCGCAGCCAAGUUCUCUGUUGUAUUGAAGAUGGCCGCGUAUUGAAAUAUUCGAUCGAAUUGAAUCGUUGGAUAAUAAUUUCGGAGAAGCCGAGCCCUGAAAACCGAGCACUUCCUCUAGUACGGUUUACAAGUGAUGGAGAUAAGUUGUACAGAUUGUAUUUGUGUAUUAACGCUAGUUCUGAGGGGUUGUAUUUAUCGAAACCAGAAUGCAAAUACGUUGUGGACGAAUUCAAUUUUCAACAAAAUGCGUGGUUGCCUUUGUCACAUUUGUCGUUUUCACCAUCUACUAUGAUGAAAAAUCUCACUUACACUUGUAAUAACGUGCUGAGUAUUUCACCGUCUGACAUGAUAGUAAAUUUCACUAUCACUAAUGGCAGUAUGCUUACUGUGAUAUUACCAUCGUGCUACAUGACAUUUGACCAAAAUUCAAAACAGUGGCAUGAGUUUCCCAUGACGGACAAUAUUCUCACGCAGACUCAUUUGAAAUCUUUCGCUGUAGUUCAGUUUGGAAACGAACUUUUACACGUGUGCCUCAACAAACUUUAUCAGUGGUCUCGAACAAAUCUAAUCUGGGACUUGAAGAAAGAACUCCCAUUAAGAUUGGGAUCUGAAUUAUCCGAUGGUUCGAAAAAUCGCGGUCCUUAUGACUAUAUUUCUGCUAUUCAUGGGCACCGUAUUCGCACCGAUUAAUGUAAUGUAAUGUAACCUUUUAUGAUAAAGUAGAUAUUAAUUUUUGUUUUGUUUACGAUUAUGGAAAUAUUGAUUUAAUUAUACCUUUCGAUUAAACUUC